GUGCAAUGCUACACAAAUUGUGGUACACGAGUAGCGAGUUGCUGUGACCUUCUUUUGUUUUUGUUUUCACACAAUUCGACUUCAAAGCACGUGAAGCACGUCGAAACGACUUCGCGACUCGGAAAAUAGGAUCUUCCGAGGAGCACGUGAACGCCCAAAUAGACUCAUUGGAUCCCACAGUGAUACGGCGAGUUGCAGUCGCCUCAUAAUUAAAUGUAUCAAAAUGUACAAGGGGCAUAAGAUAAGGGGAAUACCAAACAAAUGUCUGCGUUGUGUUCAUUUAUAACAGCCAGUGGUAAAUAGUGGGGAAAGAAAGAGGAAAUAUAACCACACGUAGUCCUGGAUCGCCACUUCAAACUACAUUGACCAUCAUGCAAAGCGGAGGGUGACGUCACUCCCCUCGGCACCGCUCUGCCGCUGCCGGUUUGCCAUCGCCAAAGACAGCUGAGGACUUCCAGACGGGGGACCCCGGCUCAGCUCGGCCUUUUGUAAUAUCGCUCAUUUUGGAGUCGAUGCUGUGUCUCAAAUGGCGAAGACGUACGACUACCUCUUCAAGCUGCUGCUGAUCGGAGACAGCGGAGUCGGCAAGACGUGUCUGCUGUUCAGAUUCAGCGAGGACUCCUUCAACACCACCUUCAUAUCCACGAUAGGAAUAGACUUCAAAAUCAGAACAAUAGAGCUGGAUGGAAAGAGAGUCAAACUUCAAAUUUGGGACACGGCAGGACAGGAGAGGUUUCGCACCAUCACCACAGCUUACUACAGAGGGGCUAUGGGUAUUAUGUUGGUCUAUGACAUCUGCAACGAGAAGUCCUUUGAAAACAUAAAAAACUGGAUAAGAAACAUUGAAGAGCAUGCCUCAUCGGACGUGGAGAAGAUGGUCUUGGGUAACAAAUGUGACAUGGCAGACAGGAGACAGGUUUCCAAAGACCGAGGAGAAAAACUGGCUAUUGAUUACGGCGUUAAGUUCUUGGAAACCAGUGCAAAGUCUAGCCUAAAUGUGGAGGAGGCUUUUUAUACCAUUGGAAGAGACAUAUUACACAAUCUGAGCUCAAGGACAACUGACAACAGUGCCGGAGGGUCAGGCAAACCGCUCAAGAUCACAGAGAAAAAGUCGAAGAGACUCAAAUUCUUCAAGUGUUCGCUCCUCUAGGCCGAUCGUCUCCAGCUUUUGCAGCUCACAGCUCGUGGGACUUUGCUGUCGUUGAGCGUUGCUGCUCUCCCGGAUGUCCUCGCGGCAGCGGCGGCACUGGUCAUAAUCAGAGAGCCUCACUGAAGCUCACCGGUUGGUGUGUGGUUAAGAUGCCAUCCUGAUCAGACGACCAGAGGACCAUCACUGGCUUUAUACUGUAAAUCCGCCCGUGGGAAGGAGACUUGUGCAUGAAGGUCAUCAGCAGUGGUUUGUAGCUGGCCUUGCAGUACCUGCUCACAGGAGGCAGGCAUUUAUGAUACUUCUGGUGGAUCUCGUGAAAAUAUCUCAGUAACACAUAGUUGUCUUAUGAAUGUCAAACAAUGAAAACAAACUCCUUUUUUUCAUAUAAUGUAGCAUCAAUGUAUCUACACUACCUUUUGUCAUAUUUAAUAUGAUGAGUCUGUGAGUCUACGCACUGAUAGUAUUUGUGUGAAGUCAUGUAUAUUAAUAAGCUUAUGGUCUCCAGUUUCUGCUCGUUCAUGUGUGCCUAGAAGGAUUUACAGUGCUGUUUCAGAAAAAAAAACCAUGUAUAAAUACAACCUACUGUAUUCUCUUAUUUUUAUUUAUUUUUUUUUUCAAAUUAUUUAUACAGGUUACUGUGACAAAAAUUAAACAGAAAAAUGUUUUUUUGUUUCUUUGAAGCUGUACUUAAUACAUAUUGUUAUGGGAUUGUCAGUAUUUGCAUGUAAGCUGUAGGGACACCUCUGAGUGGGUCAUUAUUAAGCACAUUUUUCGUCGAAAGAAGAAGUUUACAGACAGUAUUAGAAAGUGUCUACCAUGUAUAGGAAAUUCAUGCUUUUGCUGUUUGCAUGGUGCACAAUGAAGAGUUGUAUAUAUCUUUUAUGUUCACCUCAAACUUUAUCUGACAUCAAGCAGGUCCAUCUUACCUCUUCACCAUGAGAACACAACUAUUUGGGAAAGCUGUAAUGUGAAUGAUUGUCUUUGUGAGCUACUGUAUGUUACACCAAUGAAAAGUAAAGAAAGUGUAUCUUCAAAA